GAAAGAAAUUUAUAUGAAAAAAUUGAAACAUACUGUUACAAUGGCAGAUAUUUCUCUAACUCAUUCAUACGUGAUGUUUGCCAAUGGAAUUGAGAAAAUAGUGUCUACAAACUGUAUUCAAAAUCAUCUCCCGCAAACUAAAAAUGACUUCAUUAGAAACCAUAAGUAUAAAGUGUUGUUUAAACGAUGACAAAGGAAAAAAUGACAUGUUGCUCAAUGCAUUCAUUAUUAUUUUAGGAGAAAGCGAAGACGACAUUCUACGACAGGAGAAUGAGAAACAUCUCAAAUUACCUAAUAAACGCAACAUUAGCUUCUCUUCGAACUUCUCAUCUAGUGAACGGCACAAAAAAGUGAAAGGAAGGCGUAAAAAGCUAAAGCAUAAACAAUCUAUUAGGAGAAAGCUUGAGUUCCCAGCAAAAGAGGCAAAGGAGUAUGAAAGCGAAAAAAUUCUGUCUAGGCACUUCAAUUUACUGAAAAACCGAAGAAACAUUAUUGAUAGCCCGGACAGUGAUAAAUGCAACGCAUCUAAUAAGAACCAUGGGAUUGAUGAGUUGGGAGAAUUGCAUUCGAACGAUACGCUUAUUAUUGAUGAUAAAGAAGUUUUCGAAGAUUUGAUUUAUGAUGUACUGAGGAACCUAAAUCUACUCCUACAAGGGUAAUGCAUGAAAACACACUACCCUCCAGAAGAGAACUGAUGUCGAGAUGUGAUUCUAGUACUAGAACUUUUGGAACUGAGUAAUUACUGAUCAGCACUUCUUCUAGAGAAACUAGUAAACAAGUACUGCCGACACACGUUUCUAGUUGUAGAAACUCUAAAACUGAGCAGUUACUGAUCAGAACUUCUCUGAGAUAGACUACUAGGACAAUUGAGACAUUCAAUGAUGACAAUUGAUGAUGACAAUGAUGACAAUGAUGACAAAUGAUGACAUUCAAUGCCUUAUUUAGCACAAAGAAGACUCCCAUCGAUUGAAGAAUAUAAUGCGGAUGCCGAUAAAUAAGUAACAUAUCUUAAAAACAUCGAAAUUAUAUUUUUUUCGUAAUAUAUUUUUAUAAAAUUGUUUUAUUGCUUUAAAAAUAAGGAUAUUAAUUUGAUGCCGCAUUAGAUUUGCUUUCUUGUUAUAAAGGGCCUAUGACACUUAACUGAUUUCUACCUUACCGACCAUUU